UUAUGAUGAAGUGUUUGUACAGAAUUUAUUUUUUCAUACUUCUCUCAGUUGCAUCGCAAAGUUUUUGCGAUGAUCGGGUUGAAAAAGAUGAAAUUUCAACCUACAAUAACACCAUCAGAGCUUACAAUAUUGGCGUUGAAUUAGGAAUAAUUAAUACUAAAAAGUAUACAUUUGAUUCAUUCCUAAAAGAUGAAACAAAUAUAUUCAAACCCUUGUACGAGGAAUAUAGAACGACAAAUGACACAGAACAGAUUAACUAUGAAGAUUGGCUGAUCACAAACAACUAUGGAAUUCUCAGCGACACGCAAGAAUCCUUAUUUCAAAGGAAGAUAUCAAAACGUAGUACCGCAGAUAAUAAAAGAAGAUUCGUAAAUUUGGUUAAGAAAGGAGAUAUUUUGAUCACUGGACGAGGAAUCGGUGGUUUAAUUGGACACGCUGCUAUAAUGACAACUGACUAUUGGGUGCUAGAAAUGCCGGGAGGUAAAGGUUGGGAUAACGGGAUAAGGGACAACAACCGGCAAGUUCCUAAACACAAAUGGUUUGACCAACACGCAUCUGACUGGACAACUGUAUAUAGGAAUAGAGACGCUUCAGUCGCUCGACAAGCUGCGAACUGGGCUGAUAGAACCUAUUACAAUCCGUCAGGUGGCGCCACUAAAACUAAACAUAUAACGUACAAAAUUAGUACCGAUAUUUGGUCUACCAACCCGAGCUAUUGCUCCAAACUUGUUAUCCAGGCUUACUAUUACGGAACGGGAAAGAAGAAAGUUAUACGUGAUUUAUCUAUUGCGGGAAGAAUAAUCGUUCCUUCGACAAUACCGAACUACUUUUUGCCGCCGUACACAUUGGUGAAUAAAGGGAAAUAUUGAAAUAGUUUUCUAGUUUUCUUGUUUGUGGUGUAGGAAAAAGGUAGCUUCUAUUUUAACAUAUAGAACAUUUCUUUUAAAAGUUUUUUAUACAGUAUUAAUAGUUAGUGAAAUAAAAUAAA